UGUAUCGGCGGCAGGUAAGAACAGAUCCACAACAUGGACUGCAUGGAGUUAUUGUGCAUUAUGUUCUGUACUUUUGGGACAAUUCAUGCUUUGAAUCAGGCCGUAUGGCUUGAGGAUAUCACCCAGAACGCCAAGACGCGCAAUCUGGACCUGGGGUUGCCUGAAACUCUUCAGUUCAAGCUGAGGCGCACCGGGCAACAGGAUUUGAUCUUGAAACUCGUGGAAAACAAGCGACUGAACCAGAACGCUCCGGUUUACGAGGUCCACACAGAGAAUGGUCAAAAUAAACUGGUCAAAAAAGAAACAGCGCCCAUAACUGAUGUGAAGUUCUACCACGACAAGGAAAAUGGUGGUUCGUUCAUGGUUGAAUGCGCCAAGAGAUCAAAGGGCGCGUGCCGACGAACACUGACUGGUAGCUUGGAGAUUGACAAUUACGCCUUUGAAAUCAACCCGACGCGGGAAAUGUUUGUGUCAAGGUCACUGGCCGGCAACAAGCUUAAUCCCCAUAUGCUUUCCAGGGUGGUAAAUCGCACAGGAAAGCGUAUUAUUAGCGAUAUUGCUAGACGGGAUCACAUUAGCGAAGACGCCCCAAUACCGACGAGCGCCCCAGACGACGUGGACCUUUACCAUCCCAAGCCCGAACGUGGUCGUGAUGACUCUGCGGUCGUUAAUGACAUUGUUGGAAAAGAGCUUGCCAAAGAAUUACGACAACUCUUGAUGAAGAGCGAGUUAGAUGCCUUUUCAGAGAAACUUCAUCUUCGUCGUCAGAAGAGACAAUCAACCAAAACGUACGCCCUGGAAAUCCUUGUCGGAGCUGACCCUUCCGUCUGGAAAAAGUACUAUGCAAAAGCUGUUGAAACGGCCACUUUGACUAAGGAUCAGGCAACUGAGUUGUUCAUCCGGAAGCGUUUCUCUCACAUCAUUAACGGGGUGAGUCUUCGCUAUGAAAGCAUCGAAGAUCCUGAGUUGAAUAUUUACGUGACUAUGACUGGAAUCAUCAUUUACAAGACGAUUGCUGCAAACAAUCCGUUACCGAAUGCGCAAACGGUGGAGACGGUUGAGGGGAGGGAGGUUGCAGAUGGUGCAUUCUACAUCGAACAACUGGCCGGCUGGCUUGCGGGUCUCUCUGGCACACCCGAUAAUGAUCACGCUAUGGUGUUUACCGAAUACGACAUAUACUCGACUGACAAAGAUUCUGGAGAGAGAUCGUACGGCUUGGUAGGGAUGGCUUGGUUGAACGGCGUGUGUAACAGAGAUCGUGUGUCCAUUCAAGAGGACGACGACUACUACACAACGACAAGUGUCGCUGCGCACGAAUUAGGACACAACCUCGGUUCCGAUCAUGACGGCGAAAGAAGUGUUUCCGUUGCCUCGGCUUGUUCCGCCGACUCAAAGUUCAUCAUGGCCCCGUUUGUGUCCUCAUUCAAUAGCAGCGAUGAGUACACGGUGAACCCCUGGCGCUUCUCGACAUGCUCCGUAAAGCAGUUCAAAAAUUAUAUCAAGUCUCUGGGUACUAACAACUGCCUGCUGGACUCUGGAGACGCCACGAACGAGUACAAAAUCCACUCGACCAAGCAACCCGGGGAGCUGCACUCGCCCACAGAACAAUGUCAGCUCGAAUAUGGAAUAAAUUCGAAACUGGGAUGCGAUCAGGUAAGGUAUAAGAGAGGAUAUAACGGUGUAAUACUGUUUAAUAUAUACACCGGAAAGAGAGGCUACCUCUUUCAAAUUAUCUUGUAA